CCCCACCCGCCGCCGCCACACUGUGACCGGUAGGCCAUCAGACGACUUGGGACACACGCGUAGUGACCCUCGCACGCCUCACACACGCUCUGCCGCACAUCACCGCCGCGAGGGGCAGCCCUUGGACAAGGAGCCCAGCACAACCGCGCCACCGCGCGCAGCGCAAUCGAAGAACAACGAUGGCGGCCCAGGUCCACUGCAUCGGCUGUUUAGAGACCGGCGCCGACUUCCCGAGCGAAGCGUAUGGGUUGCAGAUGCGCUGGAGUCUCGAGCGGUCGGACGAUUGGCAAUUACUUGAGGGUGCUGGAGAAGGGACCUCUCAAAUACAUAUGAGUAAAGGAGCCGACCCGCUGUGUACGUUUGACCAUCCUCUCGACGUGCGGCUGCAUUGCGAUGCUUUAGCGAAGGCCGCGGCGCCGCGGAUCAAGGUCGAGGUCUAUCAACUGGACGAACUGGAUCGGUUAGAUAUCGCGGGCUACGGCAUGGUCCACCUCCCGCUCUCAACGGGCACGCACGCCCUCGAGAUCCACUGCUGGCGGCCCGCCGGGAGCUGGUACGAGAAUUUGAGUGCGAAAUUUAUCGGUGGGUAUCCUCGACUGGUGCGACCGCAACUGGUCGUGAGUGCGGCCGAAAGGUUCGGCAUGGCCACGGAGACGACGGGGACCAUUUAUUGCACGCUGAACGUCUUCGUGGUGGACUUACAUGGAGAGGUCGAAGAGGAAGAGGGUGUGGAGGAGUCUAAGGAAUAAUAAAAACAC